AUGCUCUGCCCUCGAACUAUUCUGCUGAUAUUAUAUUAUACAGUUCUGGGCAGUCUUUUUGUGUAUGCUCCCAAUAAAGUCGCCCCUGUCAUAUUUGCUGUUGCCUAUGCCCUCUCUGCGGCGGGCCAUAUCUGGCAGUGUUUUUAUGUUCACGGUGGGCUAUUCCAUGAGAGAAUAUGGCUCCUUCAACUAUAUAUACACAGGAGAUAUGACAACCCUCAUUAUCUUCAUCCUUGGACAGGUCUUUAUAUAUGUUUGCCCGUCAGUGCUCUGCAGAUCAGUGGUAGCAAUUAUCCAUAUUCUGUGAGAGCUAACUAUAUAACUAGUCCGCUUCUCGAACUUGCCAAUUACCACGUACUCGGGAGAGUCCUUUACUAUAUCCCUCAUCUUGCGCCAUUUCCUCCGGGCAAGGUCGUGUCCACGUUUGGACUGAUAAUGCUAAUCGUUGAGACUUUGAACGCGCUGGGUGUUGCACUUAGCUCUAACCCGUCAGCAGAUUCGAGCCAGCAACACCUUGGAAGCAGCUUGACCAUCGCAGCUUUAUCCCUUCAGUUUGCGGUCAUAUUGACGUUUCUCGCACUCGCAAGCAUUCUGCAUCGCCGCUGUGCCAAAGCCCAGAUACUUUCCGUAUACUAUCGCCCUAUUAUCACCAUGUUAAUCACGCUGUAUAUGAGUAUGGCCUUGAUCCUCAUUCGCUGCAUCUAUCGCCUGAUAGAACAUCUGGGGAACACAGCUGUGGACCUGGAGGAUAUAGAGAAACUCAAAAAUUUGAGCCCUAUCCUACGUCAUGAAUACUACUACUAUAUUUUUGAAGCCUCCCUCAUGCUGGUCAACUCUGUCCUGUGGAACAUAUGGAACCCUUCCCGCUUUUUGCCUUCCAACCACCUCAUUCAUGUUGCAAAAGAUGGUAACGCGGAAACUAUUGCUGAUCAGGGGAAGGAUGAUCGGUCCUUGUUAGCAAAACUCGGCCAUAUCUUAACAUUCGGCGUACUCUUUGGCAGGAAGACAGCAAGCCAGCCUCGGGAUGAUCAUGCUGCAUACGAGAUGCUACCCGGAUUGCGAAGCGGCCAAAACUAG